AUGCAUGCUAACAAGGAGCUGAUGCUCUACAAUAACAGCAAUAACGCGUACCUGAGAACGAAUGUGGUAUUUGGUGAGGACAUAAAAAAUUUCAUGACUGACGCCAAUUCUGGGCUAUUUGAGAACACAGUUGUUGUUGUGGACUAUUUGGAAGAUGUUGAUGUCGAAUUCACUACUGAUAACGUGUAUGCGCUACUAUACGACUCAAAUAGAAGCGAGGUAAUCAAUAAGUACAAUGACGCGGUCUACAAUAAGACAAUCCUGGUAUUCCUAAUAGAGAGACCAAUCUACACGUUCAUAUUCAACAUAAAAGAAAAGAACAAGAAGAGCAAGGUUCCAUACAGAAUUGGAUUGAAGAACUACAGCUAUUUCUCUUUUCCAAUGGCAUUAGCAGCAGGUGGAAUACUGUUGAUAAUCACUAAUUCGAUUUGUAAGAAAUUGUUGGGAACAUUGGCAAAAUUGGAGCCUGAUUUGGCUGAUUUCGUGAUAAAGAACACAGAACUGUGUAAAUACAAUCAGGCAAAACUCAAGACUGAAGAUCACUGCAUAAUAUGCUAUGAAGAAUACAAAGAUGAAUCAGAAUUGAGAAAGUUGAGUUGUGAUCACUUCUUUCAUAUUGAAUGCAUAGACAGGUGGUUGCUAUCACGACAGCAUUAUUGUCCAUGUUGUAGGAAGCCUGUUUCAAUUGACUCUGUAAAUUAG